AUGCGACACCCACAGAUUGAGUUGUACAUUGAGUUUGAAGCUGUAGAGGCAGUAGCGGUCCAAAAUGAUAUAGAUGUAAAUUAUGAUAGAGUUACAGUGUACGAAGGAAUGGAUAGUGACAGCGAAGAGGACUUCGAAGCCACUUAUGAAACCGGCAAUAAAGAUGAAGAUGGUGAUGUGCGAGUUGAGGCAGCAGCAGAGAAUGUAGUGGUUCAUCCCUCGAGCAGUCAACCGAUGGGCGUUCCACCCUUUAUGCGUGAGUUGGAUCUCGACGCCAUGCAUGCCCCCGAGUUUCCGGAAUAUGCAAACAUAGGAAUUGCUUAUCCUGAGGACAGAGAGUUCCGGAUUGGAAUGGAAUACAGUUCUAGAAAGUCGGUCGUCACAGCAAUUAGAAGUUUCACUAUAUCUAGAGGAGUUGACUAUGAUGUGUAUGAGUCUGAGCCACAGACAUUCUAUGCAAAAUGCAAGAUGUACGGGUGUGGAUGUGACUGGCUUAUCCGAGCUAGCUUGAUACGGAAAAAAGGUUAUUGGGAGAUACGCAGAUACAACGGUAGGCACACGUGCACGAUCGGAACGAUCUCACAAGAUCAUUCCAAGUUGGACUCGGAUAUAAUUGCUGAGGCUAUAAGGCCAUUGGUCGAGACGGACCCGUCCAUCAAGGUGAAAUCUAUAAUUGCGGAAGUCCAGUCAAGGUUCAACUAUACCAUCAGUUACCAAAAGGCUUGGUUGGCAAAACAGAAGUCCGUAGCCAAAGUUUUCGGUGGUUGGGAGGAUUCUUACAAAGCCUUGCCAUGGUGGCUCUCGGUCAUGGUGCAGAAGAUGUCUGGCUCAGUUGUCCAAAUAGAAAUACGACCACUGUACAACAGAAAUGAGGAGGCGCAAGGUACACUUCUAGUCGCUGUUGCACAAGAUGGGAACCAGAACAUUGUGCCUAUCGCCUUUGCCUUGGUGGAAGGGGAGACAGCUGAUGCGUGGCACUUCUUUCUCAGGAAUAUGCGAAUGUAUGUUGCAGCAGUAAAUCGUUCUGGUGGUGACUGGCAACCUCCAAGAGCAUGGUGGAUGUUUUAUAUAAGACACAUCGACAGUAACUUCUUAAGGGCAUUCAAAGUCCCUCACUUGCAAAAGCUUGUUGUCAACAUAGGGUAUUCAAGAACGGUGGAGGAGUACAAUAUCAACUAUAAGAGGUUGGAAGAGCGAGGCGAGGCAUAUGCUAGGUGGUGCGAUACCAUUGGACUCAGACAUUGGGUAUUGGCAUUCGACGAGGGACAUCGAUGGGGCCAUAUGACAACGAACCUUGUCAAGUACAUUAACUCAGUGUUGAAGGGUGCCCGUAAUCUACCUGUGUUGGCACUAGUCCGAGCAACAUAUUAUAGGUUAAAUGAACUUUUUACGCGGAAGAAUGCUGAGACUCACGAACGCAAGCGUGCUGUAUAUACGUACUCCGCAUUUGCGCAACAGCGGAUAGAAGCAAGAUAUUCAAGUGCUGUGAAGCUUGAAAUAGAGAAAUUUGAUGGAAGAAUCAAUUUUGGCUUGUGGCAAAUACAAGUCAAGGAUGUGUUGAUACAAUCAGAUUUGCACAAGGCGUUGAAGGAGAAGAUCUCUGGUUGCUCUCUCUAUGAGAGAAGAUGA